CUACUGCUAUACCACUCUCUAAACCCUCUGCUUUUUGAUCUCAGAAAAACACAACAAACAUCAUGAGUUCUUCUGCUUGUUCUUCAUCAGUCCUUGCAAUUUUCAUCAUCUUCGCAAUAUGCACACCCAUUAUAGUGUCAGAAGCUAAAUCAAGUGAAUUCAAAGUUGGUGAAAAUGGUGUUUGGCAACAACCCAAUGAUAGUAAUCUCUACAACCACUGGGCUAGGCGCAACAGAUUCAUCGUUGGCGAUUCUCUAUUGUUUGAAUAUGAGGAUGGUGAUUCAGUACUAGUGGUGAACAAAGGGGAUUACAAGAACUGCAACACAACGAACCCAAUAUCCGCAUUCGAUGAUGGAAAGACUGUUUUCAUGUUAACUAAACCAGGACUAAUCUACUUCAUUAGUGGAAACUCAACUUAUUGCAAGAAUGGGGAGAAGUUAAUCAUCAGUGUUAUGACUAUUCAUCCUCCUACUCAUCACCAGUCUCCACCAGCAGUUUCUGACUCGCCUUCAGUUUCACCAACUAGUCCAACAACUGAAUACUCAUCAGGAGCCUCCCUCAUGGCUGCACCAAUUACAGCAUUAUCAGCAUUCCUUGGAGUCUUUCUUUGGAGCGUACCAAUGCUACAGUAGUUACCCUAGUAUACUUUAGUGUUUUUAUCCUUCUGUUUGUUUAGUGUGUGAAAUUCCGGCUAACUAGUGGCCGGAAUUAUUAUUUAUUAGUUUUUUAUUGUUAUGAUUGUUUGAUUUUUCUA